AUGCUGCAUUUGAGUAAGGGAGAUUUUGUGUGGGUGGACUCUGGUGCCGGGGUGCCUAUCGGGGCUGAGGUCAAGGUGACGGACACUGGACAGCUUCAGCUGAUUGAUGAUGAUGGAAAGGAGCACAAGAUCAACAAGAAGACUGAGGGCACCAUCCGGCCCAUGCACCCCACCUCUGUCAAGGGUGUGGAUGACAUGAUCAGGCUUGGUGACCUCAAUGAGGCGGGUCUCCUCAGGAACCUCCUGGUGCGACACAUAGAGGGCAUCAUCUACACAUACACAGGCUCCAUUCUGGUUGCAGUCAACCCUUACCAGCUGCUGCCCCUCUACACCACCGACUAUGUGCACAUGUACACAGAUCGACGGCUGGGUGAACUGCCACCACACGUCUUCGCCAUCGCAGACAGCUGCUUUUUCAACAUGCGCCGCAACCAAAAGAACCAGUGCUGCGUCAUCAGUGGAGAAUCAGGCGCAGGGAAAACUGAAAGCACUAAGCUCAUGUUGCAGUACCUGGCUGCAGUGAGCGGGCAGCACUCCUGGAUAGAGCAGCAGAUUCUUGAAGCCAACCCCAUCCUGGAGGCCUUUGGUAAUGCCAAAACCGUUCGCAAUGACAACUCCAGUCGUUUUGGGAAGUACAUUGACAUCAACUUCACCAAGGGAGGGGCCAUUGAAGGGGCCCGUGUUGAGCAGUACCUGCUGGAGAAGUCCAGAGUUUGUCGUCAGGCACCUGAGGAAAGAAACUACCACAUCUUUUACUACAUGCUGAUGGGAAUGCCAGCUGACCAGAAAAAGAUUCUGUCACUUGGGAGCGCUGCAGAGUACAACUAUCUGACCAUGGGUAACUGCACCAGCUGUGAAGGGCGUGAUGAUGUGAAGGAAUACGCUCACUUCCGUUCAGCUCUGAAGAUCCUCAUGUUCACAGAGAAUGACUCCUGGGAAAUCUGCAAACUGCUCGCUGCAAUCCUUCACAUGGGAAAUGUAGACUUCAAGGCCACCAUAGUGAAUAACAUGGAGGGCUGUGACAUCCUCUCAUCGUCACAUUUCAACAUGGUCAGCCAACUGUUGGAGGUGGACCCUAAAGCGCUGGAGAAGAGUCUGACUCAGCGCUCCUUCAUGACGGCCAGAGAGAGUGUGACCAAACAUCUGACCUCGGCCCAGGCUGUGGACGGCAGAGACGCCUUUGUCAAAGCUAUUUAUGGAAGACUCUUCAUUUGGGUGGUGGGCAAAGUCAAUGCUGCCAUCUACAAGGCCCCUGAGGAUUCUGAAGAGGUUCAACAGUCAAUUGGCCUUCUGGACAUCUUUGGCUUUGAGAACUUCACCAAAAACAGCUUUGAGCAGCUCUGCAUCAACUUCGCCAAUGAGCAGCUGCAGCAGUUCUUUGUCAGACAUGUUUUCAAGCUGGAACAGGACGAGUACACCCGUGAAAACAUUGUUUGGGAGCACAUUGACUACAAAGACAACCAGUCCACCCUGGAUGUACUCGCCAACAAACCUCUGAACAUUCUGGCUCUUGUUGAUGAGGAAAGCAACUUCCCCAAGUUUUAA